AUGGAGAGGAAGAGCCGUUGUCAGACGUUCAGCAUGAUGAUGGAGAGGAAGAGCCGUUGUCAGACGUUCAGCAGGGAGAGCGUGCACUUUGCGGACGCGGUGAUUGAAGGUAGCGAUGGAAGCAUUUACUUCACCGAUGCAUCCAUGAGAUUUGGACUCCAUGAAUGGCAUCUUGAUGUUCUGGAAGCUAAACCCCGAGGCCGGCUCUUGAAAUACGAUCCGCAGACCUGGAAAACAUCUAAUUUGCUGGACAACUUAGCCUUCACUAAUGGAGUUGCACUCUCACCUGAGCAAGACUUUCUCGUCGUCUGCGAAAGCUGGAAAUACCGGUGCCCGGAAUAUUGGCUCACGGGGAAGCAAAUGACCGAAGUGUUCAUUGAUAAUUUACCUGGUGGACCUGAUAAUAUCAAUCUGGCACCGGAUGGGACUUUUUUUAUAGCAUUAAUAAAGUUGGGAUUAGGUGGCUAUAAAGAGUUCGUUCACAAACCAAAGUUGGUGAAACGCGUGAUCGCAAAAUCGCCCGCACUGUUUCACUGGAUCUUCAACACAAGAGGCAAGGCCACGGUCAUCAAUGUAGAGAUCCAUGGAAAGAUCAUCAACUAUUUGGAUGAUUCCAAAGGAAAAGUUAUGUCGUUUGCGACUUCAGCAACGGAAUUCGAGGAUCAUCUUUACUUGGGCAAUCUGAAUACCAGUUUCAUUGGUAAAUUAAGAUCGCAGAAAGCCAAGAAAUGA